AUGGCUUCUUGUCCCUACCUCAAGAAAGUUCGUCGAUUGUUCUCCCGCAUGUUGUUUUCUAUUGGAGUUGAUCCAUUUCUUGUAGUAUUGACAAUUGCCUUUUUGAUGUUUGCUGAAGAAGAUGGCUAUGCUAAUUGCUUUGAAUGCAUAAAUGCAUUUAAUGAGUACCAUAUCUUGGUUAUGGUUGAUUCUGUGAGAAAAUUUGUUGUUGACCUUGUUCAUCUUGUAUCGGGUGACACAAAUAGCAGUUCUCCUGGUGCAAAAGAAGUUAUUGAAAGAAUUGAUUUCUACCUCAACAAUAUUUGCUCUAAAGCCCUGGGAGAUCUACUUGAGGAAUUUGAGAUCUAG